AUGCCACUCCCUAAGUCGCCCUUUGCAGCUUCAAACUCGAUUCCUGGCAAUGGAGAGAUAGUUCUGGCUCUCCUUCCUCCCGGAAAACAGAUCCUACAGAGCUGUACUUAUCAAUACCCACUCAAGCUCAUCGCACCGGAUCCUCAUGCGGUUCAAGGUGAGAAGCACGUGACUAUUGUUUUUCUCCUGACAUAUGGAGGAGGACUGGUUGGAGGUGACCAGAUCAACCUGAAAAUCAACCUACAGGAUGCCACUCGUUUGGUUCUGGUUACCCAAGGAAGUACCAAGAUCUUUAAAUCUCCUACUCGUACAGUGGUGAGCAAGCAGAUUCUGGAUGUGAAGAUAGGGGCCCGAGCAGCUCUUUGCUAUCUCCCCGAUCCAACCCAACCUUUUGCGGAAAGUGUCUAUGAACAGAAACAGACCUUUUACGUCGACCCGAGUGGGAAAAGUAACUUGCUCAUGCUUGACUGGGUCAGUGAAGGACGCCGGGCGAGAGGCGAGAGCUGGACUUUGUGGAGUUGGAAAGGUAGAAACGAGGUCCGCGAGUUCGACGAGCGAUCUCGGGGUAGAUUGUUGCUCCGAGACGCUGUCAUGUUGCAUGAAGAUGGUCUAGGAACAACUGGUCUUGUGGACAAAUCAGACAACCUGGGCAUAUUUGGAACGCUCAUUGUUUACGGGCCUCUUUUUGAGAAGCUGGGUGGAUUUCUGGUUCAACAUUUUGCACAGCAACCACGCCUUGGGGCGAAGAACUGGACACAAAACGAUCGUUCACACUCUGACGAGGCCGACGCAAUAAAAAAAGACGCAGAUGCCCAAAGACAACGUGAACAUGAAGAUGGUCUGGUUUGGACGGCGGCUCGUGUCCGUGGCUUUGUCCUGGUCAAAUUUGGCGCAAAGGAAGUUGAUGGAGCUCGGAGAUGGCUUGGAGGAUUACUCAAGCAAGAGGGAACUGUGGAAACGUUGUUUGGCCACCAAGCUCUCAUUUGUCUCCGUUGA